UUCUUUUUUAUAACGCUCUACGAGAGGUUUUAACAGCUCAUUGAUAAUGCCUCCGUAAACCAUUUUAAAAAAAAUAUACUAUCAUUUUUCUUGCGCAUUUGCAGGGCGCGGAUGUCAAGAGUAACUUUGGUAAUUUUUUUCCCCAAGUUGAAUAUUUUCACUCCUAGCGCAGCGGCUCCUGGAUUGGAAGAAAGGUCGUGCCUUGGAGGACGUGGAAUUACUCUGUAGGACGUGGAAUCGAGAGCUAAGAGAGGAUAUUUCUUCAGAGGAUUUGGUUUCCAUUGCUUUUUGAAAACACAGCACUCUCCAAACUGUCUAAUAUUCUGUGUUACUGCAUCUAAUAUGUGCACAGUCAUUGUCAAUUAAGUGCCUGAAAAUUUGUAAGUCAAUAUGCUUUGGCAUCACAGUGAAUCAUUUCUGUUGUUGCUCUGGGCAAUACUGACAAACCACAAGAGUCUAUUGCAAGAGUCCAAAUGCACUUUCUCAAAUACCAUGGAUACCAUAGUUGACAUAAAAAUUGCCCUAACAAAAGGGCUGAAAAGCUUGGAACCUUUCCGCACUGACAGCUUGGAGGAGUGCCAUAAUGAGUGCUGUACUGGCCGACCUUUAAUAGGAGAAAACCUGUGCAAUUUUAUGACGUUUAAUCGAAGAAAUAAUUCGUCUUUUCAAAAUUGCUACCUUUUCUACUGUCCAAACAAAGAUGCUUGUCCAUUGAUGUCUUCGGAGGGAUAUGUAAGCCAGUUUAUACAAAGAGAUCUUGCGAGUAUGAAGGAGUUGGAUGAGUCCAUGAAAGAAAGAUUUCCUGACAGAGUGGGACAAUCAUCAGAUCAUAGAGUUUCUACUGAUCUGCUCAACAAUCCAACAUCUAAUCUUGCUUCUACACAAAUAGUCACUACUCUCCAAAAGAUGACAAUGCAGCCAGUGUCUUACUCUACCUAUCCAAAAGUUUCCAUUUUCCCAGUGACCACCAAACAGUUAACCAUGACAAGAACUCCCAAAGUGUCAAUGGUAGCAAUGUUGCUCCGAACCACCUACAUGUGGACUACUGACAAAUCAAAGACAUCUACCGUUCUCCCAACUACCCAAUCAACAACUGUUCCUGCCUUCCUAGCCAGUCUGCCAUUGACUUCUACACAGUUAACAAGAACAAAUCACCAGACUCGGCUCUUGAUGAACAAAAUCCAGCCAGUGGCAGCCACCACUCUCCCACAAAUUCUCCCAAUCACUACCACUCAGACAACAACUACCCUUCUAGUUACUAAUACUCAGGCAACCACCCUUUCUGCCACCAUUGCCCCCUCUCUCCCAGUCACCACUAUAUGGACAACUACCCUCCCAACAACUCUCCCUAUCACCACCACUCAGACAACAACCACACUCCCAGUCACCACUACUCCAACGACAACAACCAAACUCUUGACCACUACCAUCCUUCCAAAGAACCUUUUAACCACCCGUAAAGUCUCAAUAGCAAAACUGAUCAUAAAGAAGACGGAGCAAUCCCCCAUAUCAAGGGUUCCAGCUGCAAAAACACCAUUCUUUGAGAUUAUAACUGGAGUAGUAAAUAAUGGAGGUAACAGUAUGCUGGACCAAAAACCUUUGGAAAGACAGGACAAAUUGGGAGGACAAAUGGAUGAUUCAAAAAUGAAAAUUCAGAGUGGGCUUAUUGCUGCUUUAUUUUUUGGUUUGUUAUUUCUAAUUGUAGCAAUGGUUUUGUUAAGUAAACAGAUAUCAGAAUCCUAUAGUAGGAGGCACUAUACCAGAAUUGAUUAUCUCAUAAACGGAAUGUAUAUAGCUGCAUGAGGUAAAGUCGAUUAGAAGAAUCGACUGGUUUCAUUAUGAAUAAUUUAUAGAAAAGCCCAGUAUAACAAAAACAUUUGUCUUUUUUUUAGAAGUCUUACAUAAAUAUGAUUCAUUUUCUCUUCUAGCUCUCCUUAUUGGAUGUGGGGAAUAAUAUGCAGACUGCAUUUCUGAAUAAUUAAAAAAGUAAAUUUAAAUAGUCCAUUGACUGGAUUACUCCCUCCCCUGCUGGUGGCCUUGGGGUAUGGAUGGCACACAAGUUAAAUCCAGCAGGAGGGCUAUCUGCUGCCAAUGUAAAACACUGAUCUUCUGUUAGGAACUUAGGGGAAUCUAAAUAAAUGUAAAACCAAAUAAAUGAUAAACUUCUAAUGCA